AUGCAACCAAGCAAUCAGCAAUCCCACAUCGUCACCAUCCAAAAUGAAGAGCACAUCUCCGCAGCCAGAACCCUCUUCAUGGCCUACACCGAAUGGCUCAAUAUCGACCUUACAUUCCAAGACUUCGCUGCAGAGCUCCAAUCUCUACCGGGCAAAUACAGCCCCGCCCACGGAGGAGAGCUCCUACUUGCAUACAGCGCGGACGGAACAAAGACACCGCUAGGCUGCGUGGCUGUUCGGCCUCUCCAACCAGACUGCUCGACGCACAAUCAAGAUGUACCCCAAUCCCAGUCUGGAACCCAGGGGAGCCAGAGGGCAUGCUGCGAGAUGAAGCGACUAUACGUCUCUCCCGAGGCACGAGGGAUGGGGCUAGGGACGGCGUUGACCGAUGCUAUCGUUCAGAAAGCGAAGGAGCUGGGGUAUACGGAGAUGAGGCUAGAUACACUUCCGUUCAUGGCGGGAGCUAUUCAGCUGUAUCGACGGCUGGGGUUUGUUGAUAUUCCGCCUUACUAUGAGACUCCGCUGGAGGGGACGGUGUUUCUGAGUUUGGAUCUGACGUGA